AUAUAUUUUUAUACCGUAAUCCGCGACCAGCCAAAAACGUGUCGCCUGACGCAUAUCCGAAGAUGUUCUCAGAAACCAGCAAGGUGAAAGAGACAUUUACAAAGUUGCGCAAGGUGUUGGAAAAGCAGAUUAAAUUUUUGAAAGAGAUUGGUGCUGCAGGAGUUGAAAUGACUAUUCCAUCGCACGAGAACGAACAACUUUUUAAG